GCAUAAGUAAUGCUGUCGUCUGACGGCCUCACAUCAGCCUUUAAAAGCCAGAAGAUGCACUUUCAGUGACCACUGAGCCAACCCUGUACGCUGAGGAGUGUGUCAUUGUAUCCUGCAGUUUCUUAAAUUAAGGCAAAGAUCCAGGAUGGAGUAUCACCAUACUACAGAGAUGAAUGGUGUAGUUACCAAGUACCUGAACAUGUGCAUCCAGUGUAAACAAAAUGAUUUGUGCAGAGAACAGAAGGACUCCAAGGACUCUGUAGACACAAACAAGCUGCCUCGCAUUGAAAACGCUUAUAGCACCAUACUGAGUGAGCUGGGAGAGAACGUGGACCGGGAUGGACUUCGGCGAACACCACUACGUGCAGCCAAAGCCAUGCAGUUCCUCACCAAAGGCUACAAAGAAACUACUCAAGAUAUCCUGAAUGACGCCAUUUUUGAUGAAAACCAUGAAGAGAUGGUGAUUGUCAAGGACAUUGAUUUGUUUUCUCUCUGUGAGCAUCACCUUGUGCCUUUCUUUGGAAAGGCUCACAUAGCAUACCUCCCAAACAAGAAAGUGGUUGGCCUCAGCAAGCUUGCGAGAAUUGUGGAGAUCUACAGCAGGAGGCUUCAAGUCCAAGAGCGUCUCACCAAACAGAUUGCUUCAGCCAUCUCUGAGGCUUUGGAGCCGACUGGAGUUGCAGUGGUGAUUGAGGCUGUCCACAUGUGCAUGGUGAUGAGAGGUGUGCAGAAGAUGAAUGCCAGCACUGUUACAAGUGUCAUGCUGGGAAAAUUUCAAGAUGAUCCCAAGACCAGGAAGGAGUUCCUUGACCUUACACUGAGGAAGUGAACAGAUUUCUUCAGCAGGCAGUUCAACUGAAGGAAACGUGUUAAAAAAAAAGUAUAACUCAACUGCUGUUGAUUGUUGAAUGUCUGGCAAACC